AGAAACUUUAACUAAUGAAUUAUCAUGACCUAAUCCAAUGGUGUAGGUUGGCCCAGUUACGCAUCUUGAUUAACAAAUUCUCAAGAACAUAAGAAAAGAUGAACACGAACAGAAGUUAAAGAAAGAAACUUUGGAGUGAAAGAAAAAUAUUGAAAAUGAUGUCAGGACACUAUACCUCCAUUGAAAAUCAAAAGGUUUCAGGAUCGGUACCUGCCGUUCCAGAUCCGCAAUCCUUCAAAUUUUCAGAUUCAAAUCUUCAAACAUUUCCUCCUGCAGCACAACAAGGCAAGAUUGGUGGCAGUGGUGGUUCAAGGCCUCCACCUAAUGUUGAUGAUACAUUUUCAAAACCAGUAUCUAGUUCCAAUGAAUCCCAGCAAAGUGGUUGGUUUCAGGCAUUUUCACUCUCCACUUACAAACCAUACUUUGAUAUUGACACUAUAGAUGUUCUGGAUCGAAUUAAAGAUUCACUCUAUCCAUUCAAUGGAGCUUUUAAAGAAAAAACUGCUUCCAAUCCUGAUUUGUAUGGACCAUUCUGGAUCUGCACCACCUUAAUAUUUGUAGCGGCUUCUAUUGGCACAUUUGUGACAUACAUAGCUCACAAAUUGAAGCAUCAGGAAUGGAACUAUGACAUAAAUGUGGUGACUUGGUCUGCUGGCUUGUUUUAUGGUUAUGUCAUCUUUGUUCCUCUUUGUUUAUAUCUAAUCCUCAAAUACUUCUCUGUACCUUCCGGCCUUGUCCAACUACUUUGUCUUUAUGGAUAUUCCCUGUUUGUCUUUAUUCCAGCACUGUGUUUGUCUGUUGUGCCAUGGGAGAUAUUCAGAUGGAUGAUUGCUGGGGUGGCUGGAUUCAUGUCAGCAACUUUUGUGGCACUUAACCUUCGGGCACAUAUUAUGUCAGCUGGAGAACGGUGGCUUUUGAUUGUUGCUGGAAUUUUUCUAUUACAGUUGGCUCUGUCUGUUGUACUCAAGAUCUACCUCUUCAAAAUAACAGUAUGAAAGGAAAUUGGUAUUGAUAUCGAUCAACAUCAAUGAAGUGUAAAUAAAGAGAGUUUUGUUUUUAAUUUUCAGUGAUAUGAUUUGUAUGUUGAAUAACUACUAGCAAUUGAUUCAAUGUAUUACAUAACAUAUCUCUCAAAUAAGAACCUUUAGACUUAAAAUGUAGAUACAAACAAGCUCACCAAUCUUGUGCCAGCUGAGAAAAAUUCAAUACCAAAAUAGUGGCGAAGUAUUCUAUAAUUUGCUGUAUCUAAAUUCCACUGUUUUUUUUUAAUAGUUAAGAAAUAGCAAGAAAUU